CAUUUUCUAGGCAAGAAGCACAUGAGGACAGCAGCAGCAUAGAUAUCAGGGGAAAAUGGUUGAAUUCUGGGGUAUUUUUGUAGUAUUUUCCGCAUGUGCAGCAUUUCAGAUGACAGAAUCGCGCGUCCAUAAUGCCCACAAACCACGGAACAAUCUCAACCGCUCAACCGUUCGUACAGAGAGUAUAUCAAAUAGCAUAGACUCAGAGGAAGUUCGACUGUUGUCAUCUAAUAUUCCUAGAAAUUCUUUGGAGGAUAAUUUGUCCGCGUCAUCGGAGCAAACGGAAGCGAAUCUGCUUAAAAAAGUGGAGAAUUCAUCGGAAGAAAAUGAAAUUUCCAGCACCACCAAAUCAAUCACAGUCAAAAAGCGUUUAAGUUUAGUGCAGAGAAGGCAAGAGUUAUUUAAAUUUGCCCGAGAUGGUAUGCGUAUAUUUGAGCAGGAUUUUGUGCGUCUAACGCGUGAAGUAAUCGAAGAAAUUGUUGUUGCCCUUGAAGCAUUAACCAAAAAAAGUGAAAAUGUUAAAGCAAAAAUUAGUGAAAUAAAAUCAGCUUUAAAAGAUUUAGAAGGUAUAGAUUUAGAUGAAGAAACGCCUGAUUUUGAAGCUUUAGAGGAAGCGUCUGAAAUUGUCGACGAUCUCAAUGCUGACUUUAACAGCCCAUUCGAAGUGGCGCCAGAAUUGCUGGAAGUACUGGAAAAAGUUGGUUGGUUGGAUAUGCGUUAUAAAUUGGGCGAGGAAGUAUUUACUUUUUUCAAAGAAUUCGGUAUACAAUUAAAUAAAUUUGUCAAUACGUUAACACCACGAGAACGACAAAGAGAAGCCGGCUUGGUAGAUUUGAAUAGAAGAUUUUCUACAGGCUCAACAGAUGCCAUAUGGGCUGCGUUCACUGAAUUUUGGGCAUAUUUUGAUGCAUAGUUAAUGUAUUGUAGAAGGAAAAACUAUGUUUUCGGAUCUCCCAAGUAUCAAUAUAAUUGAUAUGUAUACAAAUUUUUCCUGCAGACAUCCAUUUUUAUAUCCGUAAAAAUGUCUAUGCUAUUGUAUAAUGUAUA